UAUUUUAUACAAAAUAUAAUUUUCUAAAUAUAUACAUCUUAAUAACAGUGAAAACCGGUUUAUUUCUAAAGUUUUCUCGAUUACCCUGAGAGGACAGCGCCAUCUUAUCGGGGUGUGGGUGACACGUUUCUUUCGGCGGUAGAAUACCUAUCGACUGUGCUGAAUGGAUGACCCUUGGGAAAGCACUGUUGAUGGAAAUAUCACCUCAUCUGUUGAACCGAACGAAUUUCACCUGCACUUUGACAAUAACUUUUGUCCAUCAGCUGAUUCCAAAGACAAUAAAGUCGAUUCUUCCAACGAAUCUUUCCAGCCAUUACCCGACUCUUCUACUUAUUUGGAGAAUUUAGAAAAGAAGUUGUGCAAAUUACGGAAAACCCCUUCAUCAAACAGUGGGGCUGAGAAAAGAGAUUUGCUGCUGUCUCUGGCAGGAGCUCGUGAGGGCCACAUUGACCGUUUAUUGAAUUCACAGUUUUCUCAGUUGCAAGGCUUGGGUGAAAUUGAAAAUUUUGAUUGUCCUGUCGAGGAGUCUCUGUCUGGCACAGUGAUUCGGCACGUAGCACCUCACUUGCAAGCAGUGACAACUGGAGAGCUGGUCCAUCUCUUAAAGGCAGAUCAGUUGCAAGAAAAUACUCCUGAGGAAGACACACCAGAGACUAACAACCAGCAAGAGUAACCAUCAUAUGAAUAGAAGAAGAAUGGAUGAGUCGUGUUACUGGAAUCAGAAAACCUUUGCCAUAGUGACUGGUGCCAGUCGUGGCAUAGGGAGGACUCUGGCUGAGAAAAUAUCGAAACAAAUGGGCGCGGACUCUGUCCUUUUGCUGAUUUCC